AUGGGGCGAAAGAAGAAGAAGCAAAUGAAGCCAUGGUGUUGGUAUUGCAAUCGUGACUUUGACGACGAAAAGAUCCUCAUUCAACAUCAGAAGGCAAAACAUUUUAAAUGUCACAUUUGCCAUAAGAAGCUGUACACUGGGCCAGGCUUGGCCAUCCACUGCAUGCAAGUACACAAAGAGACGAUUGACAGUGUACCUAACGCAAUUCCUGGGAGAACGGAUAUUGAACUGGAGAUCUAUGGGAUGGAAGGGAUUCCAGAGAAAGAUAUGCAGGAAAGACGACGAACGUUGGAACAAAAAUCACAAGAGAGUCAGAAGAAGAAGUCAAACAAUCAAGAUGACUCUGAUGAGGAGGAUGAUGAUGAUGAAGCAGGACCAUCAGCUCAGCAGGUUGCUGCUGUCCAACCCCAAGCAGGUUACGCUGCUCCCAUGGCCCAGCCUGGGAUGCCUCCUGUGGCUGGUGCACCAGGGAUGCCUCCUGCUGGAUAUCAAGGAAUGCCUCCUAUGAUGCCAGGUGUUCCUCCCAUGAUGCACGGCAUGCCUCCUGGUAUGCAUGGAAUGCCACCUGGCAUGAUGCCAAUGGGUGGGAUGAUGCCACCCAUGAUGCCUGGGAUGCCUGGUAUGCCUCCAGGAAUCCCACCUCACAUGGCUCCAAGGCCAGGGAUGCCCCACAUGGCUCCAGCCCCAGCAGCAGGAGCAAUACCCAGUCGACCAGCAACAGCAGCAGCCCAGCCAGCUGUCACCAAGCCUCUUUUUCCCAGUGCAGCACAGAUGGGCUCUGGUGUUCACAGCAGCACUGCAACUGUUUCCUCUCCACCUGCAGACCUUCAGUCUGCCUCUCAGCCUCCCUUUCCUAACACACCACAAGCCCAGCAGAGUGCUUCAGGAGCUACAGCUUCAAAUUCCCACAGCACAGCAGCCUCUGAUGCUCCCAAAGCAACAUUCCCUGCCUACACCCAGCCCUCUGUCUCUUCUUCCUCUUCUUCCACUUCUUCUAACCCCUCUAGCAGCACUGUGGCAAAACCCCCAGCCACAGUGACCAGUAAGCCUGCCACCCUCACCACCACGAGUGCAACUAGUAAGUUGAUCCACCCUGAUGAGGAUAUCUCACUGGAAGAGAUGAAAGCCCAGUUGCCUCGUUACCAGCGUCUCAUACCCAGACCGGGCCAGGCCCAUGCGGCUGCUCCCUCAGUGGCAGCUGUGGGUGGCAUGAUGCCCCCACAGCAAGGAAUGCCACCACAGCAGCCUGGCAUGAGGCAUCCCAUGCAUGGUCAGUAUGGUGCUCCUCCACAGGGCAUGCCAGGCUACAUGCCUGGAGGGAUGCCUCCAUAUGGGCAGGGUCCUCCUCUGGUUCCCCCUUACCAAGGAGGCCCUCCCAUGGGCAUGAGGCCGCCCGUUAUGUCCCCGGCUGGGCGCUACUGAAGCUUCAAAGCAGCCACCACAUUAGGUUUGAGGUUAACACCUUUCUCUCAUCCUUGUGCUUUUUCAAACCUUCGUAGCUGCAAGCAAACAGCAGUAAGACCCAGUGGUGGUGAAGACAAAAAAAAAUUGUUAGAACCCAUGGACAUUAAAUGUAACAUCUUUAUUGAACAGCCAAACACCACACAAGAUUCUGACAGCUAUUCUGUUGUUAUUCGACUACAUGUGACGAUAUAUUUUUUCCCCAUAGGUUUCACUCAGGUUUAUAGAAGUAAAGUGUGUUAAAAUGAUUUCAUAUUUCUUUUGAAGCUGCUGGAGUAACAUGAACAUACUUUCCCCUUACAAAGGCAAGUUCCUCUUGUAAACAUUCGAUUAAUAUUAUUUUGUUUAUUUCUUUGGUAGAUGAAUUGAGGCUCUCACAGCAUGCUUAGGUGCUGUUGGACUUGCGUCCCCAACGAUGGUUGGUGAGGGUCUCAGUGUUAAACAUGAUUCCUAAUUAGUGUUACAUAUCCAUGACUCAUCAGUUUCUAGCUUUAUUCUUAUUUCAGGUUUGUUUUUAAUACUUGGUUUAAAGGGUACCUGUACACAUCCUUUGUAAUGUUUUAUGAAUCUGUUGUAAUAAAAUCCAUCUUGAAAUCGAAUGCUGGUUUGUCCUGACGUACGUGGAGGUGAGUCAUGAAGGUUUGUACUGGUGUUUCAUUUCUAGACAUUAACUUGAGGAUUUAACCAGUUAUUUCAACACCAAGUUUGCCAUCAUCAGUUUUUGGGGAGUCCAUAUCUGGUACAGCACUUAAAGACUGACUAUUUACACACACACACAAAGCAUUUUUAUCCAUAUAGUUGUCUUUUUGUUUUGGACUCCUCCUCCAUGAACUGAGAUGUUGGCCAGCUUCUGGUUCACAGUGCUGCAUGUUUCUUAACAUGAUGUAAAUAACUGCAGUUUAAAUUAUACUUUUAAAAUGAGUUAAACAGCAAUGAAAGAGAAACGAUGUUCUUGAUUCUUUUAUUUAUUUUUACACAUUUAUUCAAACAUGCAUGCAAAUUGAUAAUAUUGUCUCAUCAUGCAAUGCACAAGUGACAAUGAAGAAAAAUGAAGAAACGCCUAACAAAACGGUAGCUCUGCAUUAAAUCCCAGUCCCUGUUUUUCAGGGUUUAAAGGGUUUUAAUUCAGUGUGAGUUUUGAAGCUUGUAUCCUUAAAGCUUUGUUGUCAAGACCCCUAGUUGAUACAUAAUGGAAUUCAGGAAAAAUGCAGCUUUUUAUGGCACAAGCUAUUACAUUUAUUUCUGUGUAGUUGUGAUGCGGACGAACACUUUCAAAAUUGACACCAAUUGGCAGAUAAACACUAAUGCCCAUAAAGAUUUUAGGAAACUGGUGUUUACUGCAGUGCUAGUCUGUGUUGCUGGGUGGAUUUUUCUUUUUUUUUUUUUUUUUUUUUUUACCUUUCGGGUCCAUUUAUGUUACAGCUUCACAUAAUUGAUCAUUGUCAUGCAAGUUACCGGUUUGAGUUCAGGAAGUAAUCUGAAAGAAUACGUUUGCUCCUAGACAGCGUUGAGUUCAUUGUCAUCAAAUCUAUAGUGCACAUGGAUUUAAUAGCAGUACAAUACACACUUGCAGGUCUUCAGUGUGGCACAUCGCUUACUGAUCUGUAUUUGUUUUUGUCUGUAGCCCAUCCAUCAGCUUUUCAGCCUUUAAACCCACUGAGCUGGCAUGACAGGUCAGUUAAACCCAGUAAGUACCUGCUGUUCAUUAUAGUGUGGGUCUGUCCUGUACAACUGGAUGUUGGGCCUUGUAUUAUUGAAUCAUGUGCUUUGUUAAAGUAUGUGUAAGUAUAAAACCAAAGUGAAUACUGAGAUGUAAGAUUUUCUGCCCUAAAUGACCUCUUCUUUCAUCAAGUGGUCCAAAGAGUUUGUAAAAUACUAGCGUACAAUCUGAAAUCCAUCACCCUGUCCUGUAUGAAGUGGUAAGUAGCCAUUUGUUUUAAGGGUCAGUAAAAUAAAAUUGUUUAAAGGGCUUUCUAGUUGCAUUUUGGGAUGAAAGCAUCGCUAAAAUAUCGGCAAAGAAUGAUCAAUUUCAAGUGUUUGUAAAAAAAAAAAAAAAAUUCAUUAUGUAGAUGAAGCUCACACUAGAGAAGUGGAAAGUGAUCCACAUUUAAAGUUAUUUGAAUAUUUCUAGACAAAAUAUCAGCCUGUUGGGUUUUUAAGGUGUCUAUCAUCAUUUCAACCAAUUGUCUACAUCAGAUGAAUUUGUAUAAAAGUUGUAAAUAAACAUUCUGGACAGGUUUUGUACAGAAAGUCACUUGAAGUGAAAUGAGAAUGUGACACUAUGUCAGAUCGAUGUUUGUGAAUAAAAGACUUCCAUUA